GUUGAAAGUGAAAGUAUGAAGUCAGACUUGGCAGACUGCCAGACGCCAUUUUACAGCUCGACACGAGGAGAACAACAGGACUGGAGAAGAUGAGUGAUUUAAAAGAUGAGGAAGAGGACAAAUCUUCAGUCUCCAGCUGUCUGUCUCUGAAGAGUGACCGGUCUAUGGGUCAUCGUCCAACCUUCAGUAAUGAACCUGGACCCUCAGACACAAAACAGAGAGCAGAGUCUACGGUCUCCAUGUGGUCUCUGAAGAGUGACCUGUCUAAAGACUGGACUCCAGACUUCAGUAAUGAACCAGGACCCUCAGACACAAAAGGGAAGAGGAAGAGUGGUGUUCCUGUGGAGGAGCAGCUGUCCAGCUGUGCUCUGUGUCAGGACGUCCUGAAGGAUCCAGUCUCUACCAGCUGUGGACACUGGUUCUGCAGACAGUGCAUCACCUCAUACUGGGAGCAGAGACCUCCAUCAGGAGACCCCUCCUGUCCCCAGUGUGGAGAAAGACCCAGAACCAGAGCUGGCCUGCAGACAGCCAGUCAGACCAGCUCUGUACGAGCAGAACGUGGUCUGCAGGAGGUUUUAGAUGAACAUAGGCUCAGUCUGAGGAGGAGAUGUGAACGUUUGACUGAAGGAACUGAUCAAAGUAAAACCCUCCUCAACAGCAUCUUCACUGAGCUCUACAUCACACAAGGCCAGAGUGAAGAGGUUAAUACCCAACAUGAGGUGAGUCAGCUGGAGACAUCUUCCAAGAAAGAGACCCUCCAUGACACUCCAAUCAAGUGCCAGGACAUCUUUAGAGCCUUACCUGACCAACAGACUCUCAUCAGAGCGGUCCUGACCAACGGAGUCGCUGGAGUUGGAAAAACCUUCUCAGUGCAGAAGUUCACUCUGGACUGGGCCGAGGGUUUGGGAAACCAAGAUGUCAGUCUGGUGAUCCCGCUCUCCUUCAGUGAGCUGAACCUGAUCAAAGGUGAGCAGUACAGUCUUCUCAGGCUGCUCCAUGUUUUCCAUCCAACCUUACAGAAGGUCACAGCAGAGCAGCUGGCUGUCUGCAAAGUGCUGCUCAUCUUUGACGGCCUGGAUGAAAGCAGACUUUCUCUGGACUUCAGAAACAAGAAGGUUGUGUCUGAUGUCUCACAGCAGUCCUCAGUCAACGUGCUGCUGACAAACCUCAUCAGGGGGAAGCUGCUUCCCUCGGCUCUCGUCUGGAUAACUUCCAGACCUGCAGCGGCCAAUCAGAUCCCUCCUGAGUGCGUGGACAGGGUAACAGAAGUACGAGGCUUCACUGACGCCCAGAAGGAGGAGUACUUCAGGAGGAGAUCGAGUGAUGAAGACCUGUCCAGCAGAAUCAUCUCUCACAUCAAGAGCUCCAGGAGCCUCCACAUCAUGUGCAUGAUCCCAGUCUUCUGCUGGAUCACUGCUGCAGUUCUGGACCACAUGUUGACUACAGACCAGAGAGGAGAGCUGCCCCAGACCCUCACUGACAUGUACUCACACUUCCUGCUGGUCCAGACCAAGAGGAAGAAGCAGAAGUAUGAAGCGGGACAUGAGACGAGUCCACAGCAGCUGACGGAGGCUGACAGGGAGCUUCUCCUGAAGCUGGGGAGGCUGGCGUUUGAACAGCUAGAGAAAGGAGACAUCAUGUUCUACCAAGAAGACCUGCAGCGCUGUGGUCUUGAUGUCACAGAGGCCUUGGUGCACUCAGGAGUUUGUACACAGAUCUUCAAAAGAGAGAGUGUGAUCUUUGAGAAAACAGUCUACUGCUUUGUUCAUCUGAGCAUUCAGGAGUUUCUGGCUGCAGUCUACAUGUUCCACUGUUACACCAACAGAGACACAGCGGUACUGAAGGACUUCCUGCAGGGAGACUAUAGCAACAGCAGUGAUCAUGAUUACCCAUCCCUGGAUGUCUUCCUAAAGGGAGCCAUGGCGAAAUCCCUCAGAAGUGAAAAUGGCCACCUGGACCUGUUUGUCCGCUUUCUCCACGGCCUCUCUCUGGAGUCCAACCAGAGACUGUUAGGAGGCCUGCUGGGUCGCACAGACAACAGACCAGGAAUCAUCCAGAGAGCCGUCAGAGGCCUGCUGGGUCGCACAGACAACAGUCCAGAAACCAUCCAGAGUGCCACCAGAGGCCAGCUGGGUCGCACAGACAACAUACUAACAUUCAUCCAGAGACUCUUCAGAGGCCUGCUGGGUCGCACAGACAACAGACCAGAAACCAUCCAGAGAGCCAUCAACAACCUGAAGGAGAUGAACAGUGGUGACAUCUCUCCUGACAGGAGCAUCAACAUCUUCCACUGUCUGACAGAGAUGAAGGACCUCUCAGUACAUCAGGAGAUCACAGAGUUCCUGAAGUCAGAGAACAGAUCAGAGAAGGAACUCUCUGUGAUCCACUGCUCUGCUCUGGCCUACAUGCUGCAGAUGUCAGAGGAGGUUCUGGAUGAGUUGGAUCUGAACAAGUACAAAACAUCAGAUGAGGGGAAACGGAGACUGAUUCCAGCUGUGAGGAACUGCAGGAAGGCCAAUCUUGCUCGCUGUGGACUCUCAGAGACUCACUGUGAAGUCGUGGCCUCAGCUCUGAAGUCUGACCCCUCCCAUCUGAGAGAUCUGGACCUGAGUUUCAACGAUCUGCAGGAUUCAGGAGUGGAGCUGCUGAGUUCUGGACUGAAGAGUCCAAACUGCAGACUGGAGGCUCUCAGACUGUGGGGCUGCAGUUUGUCAGAGAUCAGCUGUUCUGCUCUGGCCUCAGCUCUGAAGUCCAACCCCUCUCAUCUGAGAGAUCUGAACCUGAGUGACAACGCUCUGAAGGAUUCAGGAGUGGAGCUGCUGAGAGAUCUUCUGGAGAGUCCAGACUGCAGACUGGAGACUCUCAGUCUGAGGCACUGCAGUUUAUCAGAGAUCAGCUGUUCUGCUCUGGCCUCAGCUCUGAAGUCCAACAUCCAUCUGAGAGAGCUGUACCUGAGAUACAACGAUCUGAAGGAUUCAGAGAAGCUGCUGAGAGAUCUUCUGCAGAGUCCAGGCUGCAGACUGGAGACUCUCAGCAUUGGAUAUGGACUGGGUGAGACGAUCAGAGCCACGAUCCAGAAGACCCGUGACAGGAAGUGAAGACACACAGAAAGGAUCAGAGGAAAGACGAUCAGAGCCACGAUCCAGAAGACCUGACAAUGCUGGAGAAAUAGAUCUGAAAGGUGCACGUCAGAUCAGUAGGACAGAGCUGCCAUCUACCUGGACCCCCCGUGGUGCUGGAGAAAGCAAAACGGCGAUCAGGAGCAUCCUCCACCCAAACCUCUGCUUACUGCCGUCCUACAGACAUAUGAGUGCAGAACUGGAGAGCUCAACACUGCUGCCACUUUAGCCUUACGUACUUUUACUUCAAAUGAACAUAUUUCAUCUGUGUGCCAUAUAUAACAUCUCAUUUUGAAUACUGUAUUAUUACAUUGCUGUUAACAGUUAAUGUAUUUGCAAUACUGUCUAGAUUUAAUCUACAAUUAAGAUUAUAUUACUUAAUCUAAAUUGUGUUUGUUUAUAUUUAUCUAUAUUUUAUCUUCUGUGUCUUAGUUUCAGAAUUAGAUUUUUUUCUGUAUCCUUUCUUUUAAUAGAUAUUUAAUGAUUAUAGCUUACUGCUGUUGAUGUUAAAUGGCACGAUUGAUUUCCUUUGUCUCAAUGAUGAAACUUCUCAUAAUAGAAUACAUGAAACACAAAAGCAUUGUAAAUCAAUGUCGUUUAAUUAACAAAGGUAAUCUGGUGUGUUUGAGUCGAUGAGUAGUGCAGAUAUCACCGUCAAAUCAAUCGACAGUAAGGAGAAUACUUACUUCCGGGUGUACAAUUCUCCGUUAUCCAAUGGGAAUGGACGCUCACAUUGCUUUUAAGAGCUGCCGACAUAAACGGGUGCGGUGCUUCCAUGAGCGUCAAAUACCGCCGCCGAUGGGAAUACAUUGCAAUCAGUUGAAAGCUCUUUGCGUCUGUUUAUGAAGCUGAAGUAGCCUCGGCGCGUCCCAACUGCACGCCACGGGACCCUGACCAAGCGUCGCUCCUGGAUGUUUAGGGAGUGAGAGUGUGUUGCACCCUGGGAUAUGGUAGACCACAGAGCAAGAGCGCCGGAAGCGGGGGGGCCAUUGACACUUUUCAGCCCUGCCCCACAUUUUCGCAGCAGCAGAUUUAUUUUUAUUUUUUUCAGUCUUUAUUUCGAACAGAUUAAAAAAUAACAAAUGUGAAAAACAGAAUACCGUAUUGUUAUAAUA